AUGGCGCUCACCACGCUUGACCAACGGGUCAGCAAUUAUAUCCAACGUAUUUUCAGCGAUCCAUCCAGCGAUGAUGUGCUGAAUAUUUUCAAACGAUUCCAUGCUUCUCCAUUGUCUCGUCAUAAGGAUGUGGUCGACGAUAUGGUCAGGCUUACACCACCGACUAGACGACUAGCCACCGAUGAGCAAACGAUAUCGGAAACCGAUAGCGGUGAGGAGAAAAACAAAUCGCGGUCCCAAGACGCGAUUAUCUGCGAGCAAACGCCAAAACCUGAUCCGACGAUCGCCGCGACGGUUGACGAUGACAAGAUAAUCGUACCGUCCAAAGCUGUACAGGGCGAAAUUCGUUAUCUUAUCAACAGCCUAACUUAUUUUACUAACCUUCCGUGUUUUAUGAUUCUGUUACAGUGCAACGCGAUAAAGCUUCUGAUUCCCGAAGAACACUUGCCGUGGUUGUCCAGGUACAUUGUCUUAAAACGGGUGCGACACGAGUACAACUUUCACGAUCUGUACUCAAGAGUGUUGAAUUGUUUGAACAACAAAAGGCUGAAUUCGAUGGUACUAUCGGACACCAUCAAGAAAAUUAAGAUUUUGUUGAGAAGAAACGUAGGCAUUCCAAGUGUGGUGGAUAAAUGGCUAAUCAAAAAUCUGGGACACUGGUUGGGCAUAAUCACUUUGGCGCAAAACAAACCGAUAUCGAAGGACGAUAUUGCCUUGGAAGACUUGUUGAACGAAGCGCACGAGAAAGGUAGCGAAGAGCUGCUGUUCGUCGUGCAGUUGGUGACGAACAUACUCGGAUCUUGCUCGGGGGGAGACUUAGGUCCGGACAGUCCGUGGACAGCUUCUAUAAUAAACUGUCUGUUCGAGUUGUACAAGAAGCCCAACACGACGCUACAAGUGUAAGUCGAAAUCGAAAAGCUGUGUAAAGCGUUAAAUAUCAAGCUCAAGAUUAAUUAGUAUUAUUAAAAUUUUAGCGAAGAGAAACUGGACCAAUUGCAUUUUAAUUAUAAACGAUGACAAAUCGAAGGAAACAAUGUCUACUAAAAUAUGUAAUUUUGCACCUUAUCGCCGGGUAAAACCUUAGGAAUACCCUAUAAACAGUUUUA